CUCGCAGCCGCUGCGGUGACUCUGGCUCCCAGGCUCCUGGCGAGAUCCCCGAGCCCCGGCGGCUGGUGCUGGGAGCCCGGAGCCCUGGCUGCAGCCGGGAGAGGGGAAUCUCCAGCAGGGCCCUUCCCGCUGCUCCCCAGGAGCCUCUCCCAGGGCAGAGCCCCCAGCCCGGCCCGGCCCCUGCCCCGGGGGGCCCCGCUCGGAGGGAAGAGGCUGGUGACCUUCGAGGAGGUGGCUGUGUAUUUCACCCAGGGGCAGGGGGCUCUGCUGGACCCUGGUCAGAGAACCCUCUACAGGGACGUCAUGUGGGAGAAUUAUGAGACUGUGACCUCACUGGGAUUUCCCAUUCCCAAACCUGACCUGAUCGCCCGGCUGGAACGAGGGGAAGAGCUGUGGAUCCCCGAUCUCCAGGCCUGCAAGGAAAAAGAGAUACCAAGAGGCACCCGCACAGCAGGUGAUGAGAGUGUGAGUGAGAAGGAGGAGGGGAAUCGUCAUGAGGAUGUUCCUGGGGCAGUGGAACCACAGGGGACCUUUGAGGGAAGAGCUGAAGGGAAUUUAUCCCAGUGCUUGGAAGAGGGAGAAGCCUGGGGAAAUUGGCACAGGUCAGAGAGGCUGCUGGAAAACCACCCAGAGAAGAAAAUGAAUGAAACUGUUAUAUAUGGAGGUGAAGACAAGGAUCCCACAGCCCAGCAGACAAAUCCCCAGGAAGAGAAACCCUAUCACUGCCUCCAGGGUGGGGAACAAUUCAUUCUGAGAUCACAGCUCGUUACACAUCAAACAGUCCAUACUGGAGAGAAACCCCAUAAGUGCCUGGACUGUGGGAAAAGUUUUAGCCGUAGCUCACACCUCAUUGGACAUUGGAGGACCCACACAGGGGAGAGACCCUAUAAAUGCCUCGACUGUGGGAAGAGUUUCACUGAGAGCUCACACCUUAUUAGACAUCAGAGGACUCACACUGGAGAUAAACCUCAUCAGUGUCUGCACUGUGGGAAAAGUUUCAUCCAGAAAACAGACCUUCUGUCACAUCAGACAAUCCACACGGGAGAGAAGCCCUAUAAAUGCUUGGACUGUGGGAAAAGCUUCAAUAACCGCUCAAACCUUACUAAGCAUCGGCAGAUCCACACAAGAGAGAGGCCCUAUAAAUGCCUGGACUGUGGGGAAAGUUUCAGCCACAAAUCAGACCUUACUGAACACUGGCGAAUCCAGAGGGGAGAAAGACCCUAUAAAUGCCUCGAUUGUGGGAAAAGUUUCACACAGAGAUCAGGCCUGGUUACACACCAGAGAAUCCACACAGGAGAAAAACCCUAUAAGUGCUUGGACUGUGGGAAAAGUUUCACACACAGAUCGGCCCGUAAUAGACAUCAGACAAUCCACACAGGAGAGAGACCCCAUAAGUGCUUGGAGUGUGGGAACAAUUUCACACGGAGAUCAGCCCUUAUUACACAUCAGGCAACCCACACAGGCGAGAGACCCCAUAAGUGCUUGGACUGUGGGAAAAGUUUCCCACACAGAUCAUCCCUUGUUAGACACCAGGCGAGCCACACGGGAGAAAGACCCUAUAAAUGUCUCGACUGUGGGAAAAGUUUCAUGCACAGAUCAAACCUCAUCUUACAUCAGAGAAUCCACACAGGCUAUAAACCUCAUGAAUGCCUUGCUUGUGGGAAAAGCUUCAGUAAGAGCUCAAACCUCACUAAACAUCGGAAAACCCACAAGGGUGAGAGCAACCCUAUGAAUAGCUUGACUGCGGGAAAAGAUUCAAUCCAAGCUCACACUUCAGUGAUACAGACAACAGAGGGACCUUGAAUGUGGGGGCAGCUUCGUUUGUUGCUUCCAUGAUAUCAGGCAUCCGCAAAUCCACAAAGGGAAGAAAACUCUGAGAUGUUCUCAGUGUGGAAAAUGCUCCAAGUGGAGCUAACGCCAUGUUGGACAUCAGAGCAGGGAAAUUCGAUCAGGGCCCUGACUGGGGCUCGCCGUGGUGACAAACCCAUUUCCUCGUUCCCACACACAUUAGGGGCGUUUGGCUCCCAAGAAUCCAGCUGCCCAGUGCUGGGGUGAGGAUCCAGCAGCAGCUGGUCAGUGACGCUCUGGCUUUGCCUGGUCUAAGCAAACCCCAGGCAGAGGAGGAGAAGCCCCCAUCAGCCCCUCCUCCCUGCUGCAGCCCUGGCUGCUGAGCUGAUGGGCCACAGGUGAGGGAAGGGAGAGAGAGAAACUCCUCCAGCCGCUCCCUCUGCCUGGCUGAAGUCCCCUUCUCUGCCUUCCCCUCCCAUCCCCCUGCCAUGGAGAUGAGAAGGACACUUGGGCCAGGCCCCACCUUCAUUGUAGACACCUGUCCCCAUCCCCCAUCUUCCACCAGCCCCUGGGCUGGGCUCCUCCACUGUCCUGGAGCUGUUCCCUGGAGGGGGAGUGUCCCUGGGAGCUGGUAACUCCUCCCCUCUCCAAAUCCCCCAGGGCGCUGGGCUCCGGGAGAUCAAAUAUUGAGGGAUCAGACUGAUGGGUUAUGGGGAGGGAACUGGGGAUGGAAUGGUUGGGGCUGGUGGAGCUGGGAAGCACGGGAGCUGGGUGCUGGGGCUAGCGAAUGUUUGGGGAUCAUGGAAUAAGAGGCGAGGGAGAGCACGGGUAGAGAGAUGCUGCCUCUCAUCACUCACCCCUUCUGCCCCUUCUCCCUGCCCCUCUGCAUUCAGACAGCACCACUGAGAGGGCCUGAUUCCCACAGAGGCAUUUGGGGAAGGCCGAGAGAUCCCACCUUCCCUUCUAGACACAAGAAAAUUGCUACAAAAAUAGUAAAAUCCUGUGUACAAGAAUAAAAACAGUCUUCCCGGAAAGAUUGGACAGCGCAGUGCUCAGGAUGAGAAGACAGCAGAAGCUGUGACUUGUGUCCUGUGGCGGUGAGAAGGAACUGUAGAUGCGGUCAGUCUGUCCCACACCUUAUCGCCUGGGGUGAGCCCACAAGCUGGUACAAGGGCACAUAUGUGGACCAACGGACACUCCGACUUUGAAAAGCUCUGGCUCCUGGCACAGUGUAGGCGCAUAAUCCUCAUGGAAUACAAUAGGGACUAUCACUCGAAGAAGAAAGACACUUGGGCCAGGCCCCAGCUUCACUCUAGACACCUGUCCCCCUUCAUCUUCCACCAGCCCCUGGGCUGUGCUCCCCCACUUACCUGGAGCUGUUUCCUGCAGGGGGAGUGUCCAUGGGGUUGGUAACUCCUCCUCUCCCCAAAUUCCCCAGGGCGCUUGGUUCUGGGGGAUUAAGAGUUAAGGGACAAGGAUGUAUUUUGGAAGGAAAUUAGACAUUAAAAGUUUGGGGCUGGAGGAACUGGAACCAAGGGAGCAGGGUGCUGGGAUAUCGAGUGUUUGGGGAUGAUGGGAUAAGAGGUGAGGGAGAGCGCAGGGGUAGAGAGGUGCUGCAUCUCAUCACUCACCUCCUCUGCCCCUUCUCCCUGCCUCCUCUGCAUUCAGACAGCGCCUCUGAGUGGGAAUGAUUCCCACAGGGCCUUUUGUGGGAGGCCUGGAGAUCCCCCUCAGCAACAUCAGCCUUGGAGGUUCUGUUACAGGAAAUGUGGUUGGGAUUAGCCAGCACAUCUCUGUGACCCUCCACCAGAUUCCUCCGGGGCUGCGGUGGGGAGAGAGGUGACAGGACUGGGGUUAGAUUAGGGGAGGGGCGCCCUGCGACAGGGCCGAGCCACCAUGGCUGGGGCCAGGCUACGCCCUACCACCCCAGCUGGCAUUGGGCAUGGGAUAGGGGUGCCCUGGCCCUGGCAGGUCUGUGCUGUAGCAUAGUUGGGGCCAGGUGACCUGACAGGUCCCCGGGUGGGUUCCUUGAGCACCUACACAGAGCUAAAUAGGUUGUUGUGCAGCCUUAGGUGGGGACAGUUAAAUGUGGUGUUUUAGCUUCUGUGCUAUUUCAGGGCAAUGGGGUGAGUCCAAGAGAUUCCCUCCUUCCCCCAGCACUGUCACCCUUCACACUCGAUGCAGUAGCCUCUGUCCCAGCAAUGGAGAGUUUUAUCCUGUCCCCAUUUUACCCGCUGCCUCCCAAGGUGUCACUUAUCACCAUGUCCCUGGCUCUCCAUGACAGAAAGUGUCCAAAUCCAAAUUAAUCUGAAGGCACAUUUUGACCUUUCUGAUCUUAUAGCCCUGUUUCCAUCUCUUGGGGUACGUCCACACUACCCGCCGGAUCGAUGGGUAGCGAUCGAUUUGUCGGAGGUUGAUUUAUUGUGUCUC